AUGUCCGCCGCGGACGCAGGCAGCGGCAAGGAGGCGCCGGCGCCGGCGUGCGAAUCCUGCACGAGCCUGCCGGCGGUCGUGUACUGCCGGGCCGACUCCGCGAUGCUGUGCCUGCCGUGCGACCGCCACGUGCACGGUGCCAACGCCGUGUCCUCCCGCCACGUCCGGGCGCCGCUCUGCACUGGCUGCCGCGCCACCGCCGCCACCGCCACCGCAGGCGGCAGCUUCCUCUGCACCAACUGCCACUUUGGGUCGGAGGAGGAGGGGCGGCACCGGGACGGCGGCGACCCGCAGCCUCUCCACCACGACCGUGGCGCCGUGGAAGGGUACGCCGGAUGCCCCUCGAUCGCCGAGCUCGCGGCCAUCCUCGGCGUCGCCGGGUACGACGAGAAGGCGGCGGCGGCGGCUGCCGGGGAAGGCGCGUGGUGGCCCGCCUCCGCCUGGGAGGAGCCCCAGGUGCUCCGCCUGGAGGACGUGAUCGUUCCCACCACAUCUUGCCACGGCCUCCAGCCGCUCCUCACGCCGCUGUCCCCAAAGAACCGGAGCUCCAGCGGUGAGAUGGCUGACGAGAUCAUCCGGCAGCUGGGUGAGCUCGCCAAGUUGGAGGCAGCGGUGGCGGCGGCUUGCGCGGAGAUGGAGCCGGCUGACGGCGAGCUGUGCUUCGGGGUUCUCGACGCUGACGCCGCCUGGCAUGAUGCAGCAACCAUCGCAGCUGUGCCUUCCACUGAGGAGCAGGAAUCGUGGAUCGCGACCGGCUGCGACGUCGACGCGUGCCGGACGGAGGAGGAGGAGGCGCGCGAGCACGCUGCUCUGGCUCCGGCACCGACCGAGCCGUGCCUGUCCUCGUUCGUGGAGAUGUCACAGAUCUGCCCCACCAGCGUCGUCACCCUCAGCCACGGCGGGGUUGGCGGCGGCGGCACCGCCGACGUCGACAACAGCGGGAAGCCAGACGCGGAGACAGCCCCGCGGCCACAGCCGGCCACGACGGCGCCGGCGCCGCCGGUGCUGGUGCCGGUGCCGGAGCUGGUGAUGGAGAAGAAGGGCGGCUACGACGUGGCCUACCCCGACCGCGGCACGGUGAUCUCGCGCUACAAGGAGAAGCGGAAGAACAGGAGGUUCGACAAGCAGAUCCGGUACGAGUCGCGCAAGGCCCGCGCCGACGGCCGGAUGCGGAUCAAGGGGCGGUUCGCCAAGUCCGGCGAGGUCUGA